CUUUUCAAGAUUUGCUCUAACUUUUUCUUCGCGACCAACUUUAGCAUGAUGUCGUAUCUUAAGCAACCGCCUUACUCGGUGAACGGGCUGAGUUUAACCGCGUCCGGCAUGGACCUGCUGCAUCCGUCAGUGGGAUACCCAGCUACUCCUCGAAAGCAGCGGCGGGAAAGAACCACGUUCACUCGCGCUCAGCUUGACGUGCUCGAGGCGCUUUUUUCUAAAACGCGCUACCCGGACAUCUUCAUGCGCGAGGAGGUGGCGCUAAAAAUCAACCUACCAGAAUCCCGAGUACAGGUUUGGUUUAAAAACAGACGGGCGAAAUGUCGCCAGCAGCAGCAGCAGCAGCAGAACGGUGGGCAGAACAAAGUUCGCCCGGUUAAAAAGAAAAGUUCCCCGGCGCGGGAGGCGAGUUCAGAAAGCGGCGCUAGCGGCCAAUUUACACCCCCCUCCAGUACCUCAGUACCGACCAUCUCCAGCACGACUGCGCCCGUGUCUAUUUGGAGCCCAGCUUCCAUCUCACCGCUGUCGGACGUACUCUCGACCUCCUCGUCCUCGUCGUGUAUGCAGCGCUCGUACCCUAUGACCUACACGCAAGCAGCGUCUGGUUACGGCCAAGGCUACGCCGGCUCAGCAUCCUACUUCAGCGGUAUGGAGUGCGGCUCGUACCUGGCGCCCAUGCACCAUCAGCUGUCUACACCCGCCGCCUCCGCGCUUAGCCCUAUGAGUACCAAUGCCGUCACGGGCCACCUGAACCAGACAGCCACCCAGGGCUAUGGGGCAUCUGGCCUCGGCUUUAACUCCACCACAGCAGACUGCCUGGACUAUAAAGAUCAGGCGUCUUCUUGGAAGCUGAACUUCAACGCCGACUGCUUGGAUUACAAAGAUCAGACUUCCUCCUGGAAGUUCCAGGUGUUGUAA